CGAGAGAAAACGCCCGUCUUCCUGACUUCAUCCCCACAACUCAUUUUGGAGAAGAAAGCAUUCCUUUGCUCGUCUUCUCUCUAUCAGAAAAUUAGCUCUGUCACGACUCAUUUUAUUAUCCUACAUUUUCUUGAAUAGGGUGAGAUCUGGAUGGACAAGGUGGUGGAGGCCGUAGAAAUGGCGAAGAAGGAGUGGGACGAAGCGUAUAGUCGGACGCAAGAGCAUAUAAAGGCGAUACAAUUGUACGGGAUUUCUAGGGAGGAGAGGAAUCCCAAUUCGAAUUCCCUUCCGAGAUUGAACGGGCUCGCUCAGGACGGCUUGGCUUUCCUCUCCUCGCUCCACUUCAAGCUCGAUCUUCUUGCGCCACAGUUGCCCACCGAUGACCAAGUCCAAUCUGCCACCGCGCUGCUUCAGUCUUGGAAGAACCAAUCCCACAAUUUGCGAUUGAGUCUGAGGAAUGCCAAUUUGCAAGCAAAGGCUAAUAUAAGGAAGGCUGCUCAGGAAGAGAGAGAACUUCUUUUGGGUGGUGGAGGGGAGUCCACAAUUCGCAGACGCAACUUACAGACAAAAGCUGGAAUGACUUCUGCUGCAGAAAGCAUCACCGAUAGCCUUCGCCGUACUCGCCAAUUGAUGGUUCAGGAGGUGGAAAGAAAUACAAGCACACUUGCAACUUUCGAGGAAUCAACGGGAGUGUUAAAGAAGGCUGAAAGUGAAUACAAAGGGCACCGCUCAUUGUUCAUGCGAACUCGAAAUUUACUCUCCACAAUGCAACGUCAAGAUGUCAUGGACAGGCUGAUACUUGCAGUUGGAGUUUUCUUGUUCUCAUGUGCUGUUCUUUAUGUUGUCUCAAAGCGCAUUGGGAUACUCAAGUUGCAGAGAAAGGUUACUGCUGCCAUAAAGGCUGGUAUGGUGGGACAAGCAAAGAUAGGACAAAGAGCUGAUGCAGAUGGCAUAAAUCUUCCCCAGGUCCAUGAAAAUGCAGUUCAUGAGGUGGAUAUUCCUUUAGAACAACAUAUGCAUGAUGAACUGUAAAAUUUAAUUUUAAUGGCUUUCCGUCUUCCUUGUGCCCUUAUAUUUGGCCCUUAGGCCUUAUAUAAGGCAAUAUUUAUAUAUGCCCCUUCUACAUAGCAGUCUGCUUUCCCAUUGGCUUUGUUUAAUUAAUCUCAAAGUGAAUGCUUCACUCUCA